CUCUCUUGAUUCUAAUGGGGAAUGGAAGCUCUUGUGAUGGGGAAGCAAUUGCUUCCAAGGAGAAACCCUCAGAGAUUAUACAAAAGGCCCGAAGAAAACUAACAGCUGUUCUUCAAAGAGAUCCAGAGGCCGUCUUGAGUGCUUUAGAUUCCCAUCUCCUCAUUACACAGAGAGAGUACUUCUUACUGAAUCAAAUAAAUGAUCCACAGAAGCUAAUAGUGACAUUGAUUGAAACAGUGCUUCAAAAGGGAGAAUUGGCCCAUGAGCAAUUUCUAGAUUGUAUGGAAAACCUGCAACACACAUUUCCAGGCUUACAACCAAUUUCUGAGUAUUUAGAAGAUGAUCCCAGUAAUGAAACUGAACAUCCAGAAGCUACAGUGUUCUCAGAGAAAAGGAAUGGACCAGAAGACCCAGAAAUGAUUGCAUCAUCAGUGAAAAAACAUUUUCCUGAGAACCCAGAACCCAACACAGCUUCAGGGAAAGGGAAUGGAGCCGAGAAUCCAGAGCCUGACACAUCCUCAGAGAAAGGGAAUGAACUUUAG